GGUUUGGACAAAGAUAAUGGCGGUGGAGAUGGAGAGAGGUGGAAUAAUACAAGAAAUAUUUAACAGGGCCAAGUGCUUUCGGGGCAAAAAAGUCCUUGGAGAUUAUGAUAUCAAAGUGGAACAGGCAGAAUUUUCAGAGCUCAACCUGGUGGCCCAUGCAGAUGGGACCUGUGCUGUGGAUAUGCAGGUACUCCGGAAUGGCACAAAGGUUGUCCGGUCCUUCCGGCCAGAUUUUGUGCUCAUCCGGCAGCAUGCAUUUGGCAUGGCGGAGAAUGAGGACUUCCGCCACCUGAUCAUUGGCAUGCAGUAUGCAGGCCUCCCCAGCAUCAACUCACUUGAAUCCAUUUACAACUUCUGUGACAAGCCAUGGGUGUUUGCCCAGCUGGUGGCCAUCUACAAGACAUUGGGAGGAGAAAAGUUCCCACUAAUUGAGCAGACAUACUACCCCAACCACAAAGAGAUGCUGACAUUGCCCACAUUCCCUGUGGUGGUGAAGAUUGGCCAUGCUCACUCAGGCAUGGGCAAGGUCAAAGUGGAAAACCACUACGACUUCCAGGACAUUGCUAGCGUGGUAGCCCUCACCCAGACCUACGCCACAGCAGAGCCUUUCAUUGACGCCAAGUAUGACAUCCGGGUCCAGAAGAUAGGCAACAAUUACAAGGCUUACAUGAGGACAUCGAUCUCAGGAAACUGGAAGACAAACACUGGCUCUGCAAUGCUGGAACAGAUCGCCAUGUCAGACAGGUACAAGCUGUGGGUAGAUACCUGCUCUGAGAUGUUUGGUGGCCUGGACAUCUGUGCUGUCAAAGCUGUGCAUGGCAAAGAUGGGAGAGACUACAUUUUUGAGGUCAUGGACUGCAGUAUGCCGCUAAUUGGGGAAUACCAGGUGGAGGACAAACAACUCAUCACCGAACUAGUCAUCAGCAAGAUGAACCAGCUGCUGUCUAGGACCCCUGUCCUGUCUCCUCAGAGACCCUUAACCACCCAGCAGCCACAGAGUGGAACACUUAAGGAUCCGGACUCAAGCAAGACCCCACCUCAGCGGCCAGCCCCCCAAGGGGGCCCUGGGCAACCCCAAGGAAUGCAACCCCCAGGCAAGGUGCUGCCUCCACGCCGACUCCCCCGUGGACCAUCAGUGCCACCUUCCUCCUCUUCCUCCUCCUCCUCUUCUUCCUCCUUCUCGGCUCCUCAGCUGCCGGGCGGCCCCACCACCCACGGAGAUGCACCCUCCAGCAGCAGCUCCCUGGCAGAGGCCCAGCCACCCCCGGCUGCUCCACCACAGAAGCCCCAGCCUCACCCACAGCUCAACAAGUCGCAGUCCCUGACAAAUGCCUUCAGCUUCUCUGAGUCCUCCUUCUUCCGGUCUUCAGCCAAUGAGGAUGAAGCCAAAGCAGAGACCAUCAGGAGCUUGAGGAAGUCCUUUGCCAGCCUCUUUUCAGAUUAGCUCUUCAGACACACGUGGGCACCUGGCCUAACCGGGAAAGGCAUCUGAGACAUUUGCCAACAACAGUCAGCCACGUUUGGUAGUGAUGUCCCAUGACCUUGACUUGUGUGGCCCCUUCCUCUGCUCCAUUGUGCUAAGUGAUGUGCAGCUCAGAAAGGAUCCUGUGACGGUCUCAGGGCAGGUGCCUAAUCAGCAAAGGGCACCUGACAUCAGAGAGAAUAGAGCUGCUUUUCUGUAGUUGUGAGAACAUUCUCUGAGGUCAUCGUUUGGUGUGAGUUUAGUGGCCUUAUUGUGACAGCGCCAUCAUGUCUUAUUCUUCUUUGUGAAACCAGGAUUCCCUUCAUUGAGGACUCCUGGUAGCUUAACCUAACUCAGAUGCAGUGCUAAGCAUGCCCCCCUUUCUUUAGUCAGUGCUGACUAUGUGGGGAAUAUAUACUUAACCCAAAAUAUUCUUGGUGUUAGGAACUUACCUGGAUCCCUUGUCAGACACACCUGAUUAGCUGUUGAAAACACACCUGCCCAGCACAUGAGAUUCCUUGACUGCUGUCAUAGUGAAGCACCUUUAGUCUACUGAUACUGGAGAGAACAAGGAUCUGCAGUUCUCUCCUUUCCCUCUCUGGAGUGCAGUUCUUUUGUGUGUGCUGCAGUGGUCUUGAGCUCCGAAGCUGCACUGUGGAGAAUGCAUGACACUGUAACAGCAGUAUACCAAGUUUUGUGUUCAUCUCAAAAUAAAUGUUAAGACAUUUGGUGUAAUAAAAGCAGCAGCAUUAACCAGCA